CACUUGUGCGUUAUCACGAUUAUAUAGCAGAUUUGAUAUGAAGUUUUGUUUACCCCCAUCAUUUAUUAUAAGUUUUAAAGAUUCAUCUUACUUUAUCGUACUAUCUGUUUUUUUCUAGCGUUUUCGUUCAUAGUAUUCUAUGAACCAAGUAGUUAAAUUCAAAUAUAUUUACUAGAAUCUCGUAGGAAUUUUACCUUCAAAAAAUGGCUUCAACGAAAUCAUUCAACUAUUUUGCUUUUGGGAGCAAUCUUUUAUCAAAACGAAUUCAUAUGGAGAGCCCUACUGCAGUUAGAAAAGGAUUCGGGUAUAUUGAGAACUACAGUUUAGACUUUUUUCAUUUCGCUGCUCGAUGGCGAGGAGCCCCAGCGACGAUUGUGGAAAAUGAAGGAUACAAAGUAUGGGGAGCCAUCUGGGAGAUAGAAUCUAUCAAUUUGACAGGUUUGGAUAGACAGGAAGGAGUCCACAAUCAGGUUUACAAACCAUUGACGCUGCCCGUCUAUACCAGCGAAGGGGGAACCUUGGAAUGCCGAGUAUAUCAAUUGGUAAAAAAUCCACCGAAAGCCGAUUUUACCGAACCAGAUCGACCAUUCGAACGGCAGCCUUCAAAAACCUACUUGGAUGUUAUUCUGCGUGGAGCAAAGGAAACUGGUUUACCGGUUGAUUAUACAGAUUUUCUAAGUACAAUUAAACACAACGGACAUACCGGGGACCCAAAAUUCGAAAUAGAUUUAGCAGUGCAAGAUUAGUAAAAUUUAUAAAAUUAAACAAAUGAAAAUAGCACAGACAAUUUCUCAAUGAAUUUAGUAUUCAUAUUAUUGAUUCCUUCCGCAAUAAAAGAAUUCGCUUUGUACUAAGUUUGAACAAACAAUAUUUUUAUAUAUUUUUUAUACAACGGACUCCCCACGUUUUUAAUCUAUUGUCGAGUGAACUAUGGAAUUUCGGACGAAUGGAGCUAACAUUCCCAAUCUCUAAAUACUCUCAUUACAUUCUUAACCGUAUAUUGUAUGAUAAUUACUGACUACCACGUAAAAUAUUUGCGCGUGAUGGAAAUGGAAUAGAUACUACGGGAAACUUUAUACAGCGCCAAAUCAAAUUUUGAUAUGAAAUAAACGAUAUAUUCAGAUUACAAGUUUGUUGAUGAUGUAUGGCGUAAAAUUAGUUCAAAGUUAAAAGCGUGUCUCUUGUAAAUAUUAACAAUAUUACGAAAAAUAAUAAACAACGUCCAAUAAAUGUUUGCAUUGGAGCUGCCUUCUAAAGCAUAACGAUACUAAUUGGCUUAACAGAUUGCUAAACUGAGUUUCUUAGUGGAAAAAUCGUAAAUACAAUAUUAUUUUCUGUACACUUCCCAUUUUCAUGUUAUGAGAAUAUUCUAUCCCUUAUGAUCAAUUGUCUUUCACAUUUCAUUGUAGUGAAUAGCUGACCUAAAUUAUAGCAUUUAAAACGAUACGAAAUUUAAUUUCGGCAUUAUAUUUAUUAUUUUUGUCGAGAUCACUGAAGUCAAGGUAGUUCAAUCAUGCCUUGUUUCCAAGUGCUUGCAAAUGGAAUCUUUAGAAUCUUCAGUUUAGUGUUCGGUAAAGAUCGAUCGAGAAUAUUGUUGACCAUAGUAAUUGGAACAAUUUCAACCUGGGCCGGUGUAUCCGAAGGAUUUGCACUAGUCGCUAACGGAAUUUCGUCCACUCCUGGUACGGGUUUCAGUAUCGGUAUACUUUCACCAGGACUCUUUUUCUCGUCGCGAUUCUUCGUAUCACACUGGUCGAUGUAGAGUUCGGUCACACGCAAUAAUUCCAUGGUCACCGUCCAAAGGAAAGUGUCAAGAGUUUCCCGAAGCCUUGCUACACCACUAAGCACCAUAUGAUUCGUUGCUGCAGAUUGUGACACAUAUGUUGGAAUAAGUAAUAACUUCCGGAUAUUACUACAUUGGUCUAUGUGUUUAUCGAAACCAACUUUUACGUCACAGUUUAUCAACUCCAACUGACUGAGGACUGGUAGUUUUGCAACGCUAUCGAGUACCGCAAACAUGUUGAAAUUUUCCUGUCCUUUUUCCAACCGUAAUCGCUGCAGUUUAGUAAAAUUGAGGAGAAUAUUUGCGAAAUUUUUACCUAAUUCUGUGCAUUCCCCUAACUCGAGAGAUUCUAGGUUCACAAGGUUUCCUAGAGCCUCGGUUGAAGUAGAGCCUAAUUUUAGAAUUGACGUUAAAGAGAGAUGACGCAAACUGCUCAUAUACGCGAGCUGUGAAAGGUCGUUCUCCAGCGAGACUGCUGUUGUAGAUUUUAUUCUUAGCUCUUGUAAACUUUUUCCGUGCUCGAAAUUAGAGAAAUCCAGAGGAUCGUUUUUGAUCGCCAAAGCAUUGAUUACUUUCAGCCCUGGGUUCGAUUUCAUUAAGUUACCGACCACUGUAGAAGAGCAACGACAAAGAUCAAUUCUCUCGAGAUUUUCCACUGAACAAAUAUUAUCUGUGAAAUCUUGCCACAUCUGAUCGCUAUUUCCGGAAAUCAGCAUUUUUCUCAAAUCUAGAUGUUUAGUGCCAUUUUUCCGUAAUGUGUCCGCAAGUCCAGCCCAAUCAUUAACGUGCGAGUUCUUCAUGCGAACUGUUUUCCAGAACCUGGGAUGGUUUGCCACUUGGUUCCACAUUCUACAUACACAGCUAGCGCGUAAGAGCUCCUGAGGAAAGAAAAGUAAUGUUCUGAAAGGAAUCGAAGCAAACAAGCGCAGUUGAACUUUGAACCGCUUGCUUACCUGUACUUUGAGGUACUGGAAAGUUUGUUGAAGCACGUCGUAACCAAUCGACACAUUGGAGAAAAAGUUCGAUGCGAACAUCCGGUUUUGCUCCACUCCCGCGGCUCGUGAUGAUACCUUCAUCGUGGUAUCAUUUCGAAUAGCCGCCAAGUCUGCGGCAAUGAAAUUGCGACUGUUGUUCUGAGCGAUAAUAGGUUUCACACUGCCAGCAGGCUUUUUCGUCUCAUCCGGUCUGAAAAACAAAUCGAGCAUACAAGAUGUAUAAGUGAUAAUAACGAGAGAUUUCACGUGUUACGUGCAAAUGUUGUGAUAGAUGAAAAGGAUAGGGAGGAAAUACGUUUUUGAACAACAGUUUUGGGAUCUGUGGAUCGGGGAGUGUGUCUUGAGCAACCCUGAAAUUAAAAGAAAAACAUCACGCGUUCGGGACUUUUUGUGAUUGUCGCGGUCCAAUGGUGGGCGGAAACUGAAGAGAAACUAAUAAACGAGGAAAACAUUCCUUUUUUUCAA